AUAUAUUCUUAAUUUAGAUUCUUUGGAACGAAAAGGAAUAACGUCAGGAUAGGCACUAAAGCUUUUAUGUUGCAAUAAGUUUAUUCGUAUUAAGUUACUUUUUUUUCAUUUAAUUAAAGCACAAAAGGGAGGAUUAUAUACCUUGUUAUAUGUAAAGAUUAUCUUAAUUUAAGAGAAAAGAAAGUCAACAAAAGGUAAUAAAACUGAAAGAAGAAGAAAAAGUAUUAUUAAUGAGAGAAUAUUAUAACGGAAAUCAAUGGAACCACGAGAGAGAAAGCAUUAAAAGACCGACAGUGACAUUUCGCCGACUUUGACAAAUGUGCUUACGUUCUAUGAAAUGCUAAGCAGACAGCUGGCAAAGGGAAAAAAGUAUCUUUGAAUUGAUCGAGCACGGUGUAAUCUGUUGCAGAGGCUGUCGUGAUUUGCAGCAGAACGCGAAUAUACUUAGGAUUUUACUGAUUUAUUUGAUUGUUUUUAAAUUAUAUUAUAUUAAUAUACAAUGCGAAUGUGUACGAGUUAAGCUUGUUUAUAUAUGAGUGAAAUGGAAGUUAAUACUGUUUUGAUUUAUUGACAGGUAAAAUGUUUGUGUUGGUGUUGAAGAAAGUGUAAAUAAUUCUAACAGUUGAUGCAGUCGGUUCAUAUAUGACGUAAUAAGUGACGUAACAUGAGCCAUUAUUCCCGGCUUUCAAGCGCAAGUACAGCUUCUUGGCAGGAACCAGACGACCCGGCAUGCCAGCUGAAUUUUGAGGAAUUGGUUGAAGAAGAGAAGGAAGAAAAGAACUGGAAGGGUAUAGGAAUUGCUUUGUUGGUGAUUGUGAUCGUGUUCAGCUGUGUGUCUGUUGCAGUUAUUAUUGUUACACCAGAGGAGGCGAUUGUGAGAGAAGGAGACAAGCUGAAGCUGGAGGAAUUGGUAAAAGGAGAGUAUGAACCCUAUGUGGUAGAACCGAGAUGGUCGAAAGACGGACGACAUCUGAUGUACAAGACAAAAGAUAACGAGCUCGUGUAUUUCGAGUGCGAUACCAACUUUUCUACAGUUUUCCUGGAUAGCUCGCCAUUUAAUGAGUUCAGCACAAAACAGUACAUUGUAUCAGCAGACAGAAGUUUCAUCUUGUUUCCAUAUCAUUCAAAAAGGAUAUCUGAACAUUUGAGUUUAACAAAGCAUAAGCUCUAUGAUACAGACACUAGAUUGUCACGUGAUCUGCAUGGUCCACACGGACAAGAAUUUCAGUAUGUUACGUGGACAAAGAAUGGACAGGGAUUGGUUGUUGUUCAGAAGAACAACAUUUAUUUCAAAGACUCCUUCGCUGCAGCAAGAUCACCAUAUAUGCCUAUAACAGGGAGUGGUGAGGAGGGUAAAAUUUAUAAUGGAGUCCCGGAUUGGCUAUAUUCAGCAGAAAUUUUGAAAUCUGACAACGCCAUCUGGCUUUCACCAAACGAUGACUUUCUUGUAUAUAUAGAAUUUAACGACAUAAAAGUUGAAGAUAUGUCACAUACUACAUACGAAAACCCGACCAACCUCUACCCAGACUCCAUCAAACAAAAAUAUCCCAAGUUUGGUACAACGAAUCCUUCUGUACGUUUGAAGAUCUACAACUUCCGGUCGAACAUGACCUUGACACUUUCACCGCCACCAGCUUUCAAAAAUAGAGAUCACUACAUCACGUCAGUCGCGUGGAGAAACAACGCUAGUUUUGCCGUUGUUUGGAUGAAUAGGGAGCAAAAUACUUCAAUAAUCACCAUUUGUGAUGCUGCAAAGGCAUUUUGUUACGAGAAUCUUGCUACGGAAGUAAGUUUAGGCUGGAUGGAUGCGAUUGAUACAUUGGUAUUCACGCCAUCAGGAAGCCACUAUUUCAUCAGUAUUCCAAGACGGGAUUCUAAUGGAAAACUUGUAAAACAAGUACUUAUGGUAGAUGCCACGGUGAAUAUUAAUGUUACGAAGAUCCGAGGACGCACAUUAUUUCUGUCAACUGGUGACAUCGAAGUUGAAAAUGUCGUUGGAUAUUUUAAUAAUUCUGUAUAUGUGAUAGGUGUACCACUUGCCAGUCCAAGUCAACGACAUUUGUAUAGAGUGACGACUGAUAAAGAUUCGCCCAAUUUUCAUCAACCUUUCUGUAUUACAUGUGAUAUUAACGAAAAUUGUACAUAUGUGAAUGCGAAGUUUGGACCCACCGGACAGUACUAUAUCUUGGAAUGCCUUGGACCAGGAGUGCCUUAUUACUCAUUUUAUGCAACCCCAGAUACAUAUGUCACAUCAUUAGAAGACAAUAGCGACCUUGAGCGACGACUGUCUGAGAAACUUUUGCCAAAAAAUGAGUUCCUGAAUAUCUCAUUACCAGAUGGAAAUUUUGUACUCAGCAAAUUGAUACUGCCUCCAGUUCUGGAUCUUGAGGAACUUAUACAGUAUAAUGUAAUUGUUGUUCCAAAUGAUGAUACUGGUGAACAAACAGUAACGGAUAAAUUUUAUUUGGGCUGGGAGCAUUUCCUGUCCAGUUUUCACAGUAUUAUUAUUGCCAAAAUUGACACAAGCGGCUCCAGUGGAAGGGGGGAGAACUGGAGAAAAGCUAUUUAUAGAAAUAUUGGUGCCAGAGAAGUGGACGAGAUACUUGCUGUUGUACGAUCAUUAAAAUCUGUUACAUAUGUCAACGAAGUGAUGGGGAUCGUUGGAAAGGGAUAUGGUGGACAUCUAGCAUUAUCAACUCUAAGUUCGGAUUUCAACGACGUUCUCUCCUGUGGUGUGGCCGUUACCCCAGUAAUAGAUUACAGUUACAUGGACAGUUUUGUAACAGAACGAUAUUAUGAGCAAGGAGGACACCAUAUCACUUCACACAACGAAAUUAAACUGCUGAAAAACAUCAAAAACAUGCACCGGCACCAUGUUCUGCUGAUGCACGGGACACUUAACGAUAAAAUACAUUUUCAAAACACUGCUCAGUACAUCAAAGCUUUGAUUGCUGAAAAUAUACGCCACGAUAUACAAAUAUAUCCAGACAGUGCAGAUUGCCUGGAAGACCCUCGCGUGAGACAGCAUGUGAUCACCAGCAUAGAAAACUUCUUUGUCAAUUGUUUUGGAAUAGAUCCUAAUGCGGAACCGACAUAUUACAAGGAAUACGAAGAAGAGGAAUAAGUAGAUGAUUACUUAGAAUGCAGACAACAGAGAAAUACAAUCCUUGUCUUGUAAAAGCGAUGGUUUACUUCAAACUUAUUCAUUAAAGCGAAACUUGAAUUCGGACAUAUUUAUUAAAGGGAUAGAUUGCUUAGGAAAUAUUCGUUUAAGCCAUUGUUAACUUAGGACAUCGUUGUUACUUCGAUGGUUCACUUCGGACAUAUUCGUUAAUGCGAUAGUUUACUUUGGACAUAGUCGUUAAUGCGAUGGCUUACUUAGGAUAUGUUUUUUUCAAACGUUUGUUGUCUUCGGACAUAACCAUUUCAGCGAUUGAUUGUUCCAUUAGGACUUUGCAGUGAUAACUUCGGACAUAAUUAUUCGAGCAACACACAGAGAGGAUAGUGUUAGGACAUUUGAUAGUGAAUUUCUGACCUUAUGAAAAGCACUAUUGUAGAGAUGUACAGCAACUGCAUACUGGCAUGUUGAUGUACAAUACUUGUAUGGUGAAUAGAUGAUAGUUGGGGCUGCGAAAAGGAGCGUAUUUAGUCAGGGAACAGAUCAGCAUUUAUAUUACAACAAUUUAGAAAUUAAAUUCACACUAAUCACUUAUUGUUAAAUCACUUGACAUUUAUUAUCAUUCAAUUUGCUAAUAAUCAUACAUAACUCAUUUCAAAGAUUCAUAUUUGUGUUGUCAGUGUGCGGCACAAUAUUGUUUUUUUUUUAAAGACGUUAUAACCAGGUACGAAUAAUCUAUUGGUACUGUUUAAAAGAUCAGUUAAAGAAACCGGUUAGUGCAUUAAUGUACGAGCAUCUUCACUAUUAUUUGCAAGUUAAAUGAUAGUCUAUGUUAAGAUUUUGUGUUUUGUUCACAGGAGAUAACUCCAGAGGCUACACAAAUUUUGUAUAAUCGUGUCUCUUGUCUUCUCAAUAAUCAGAGCCAAGACUGAAGAAGUCAAAAUAAUUAUUAUAUAACAGAAUUAUUCUUUCUAAAAAAAGAUUAUCUAGUCGGAAGUCGGACUAGUUAAAUGAAUACAUUGUCAGCUUACAUUGAUUUUCAAUUACUCACAAGAUACAUAGACAUCUAAAACACUUCUCUGUCCAGCGAUAUGUUCUAAUAAAUUGCUACGAAGACAUAAAAUAUAUUUGGGUAUUAUACCUUCUAAAUACAUAUGAAUUGUCUUUUUACUCUUUAUCAGUGAAUAUACAAUUUAUGCUUGAAACAUUUAGGAAGCGAUGUAUUGGCAUCCUAAAUCGUUCGGAGGAACGAAGAAUACUGUAAAUUUUGAAAUCUUUGCUCAGGUUAAUUGGAAAAAGAAUAAAAAGAUGACGACCUUCUACCUUGUGGGGCAUCUGGGGUCUUCAUUCUGUCCUGAAUAUUGCAUCACUGUAGACUGAAGCUAUGAAUGAUUCCAGGAUGUAGUACACGCAUUUUACCGAUCUGACAUUUUUGGCGGCAGUAAUUAAUGUACAUUUAUCUUGAAUGUACUGAUCACUUUAUACAAAUACCUUAUACUAGAUAGUUUAUAUGGUUUUGUAAAUACAAUACGUGUACAUGAACAGAAAUAUCACGUGUUUGAAUGCUUGUUUUACUUUUCAGAAUAUGAAGCACACGACAUAUUAUGGUUAUUUUUGAAAUAAUUGUUGAAAUUGAAU